AUGGUGCUCGUAGCGUUUGCCUCCUGCUUCUCUCCAGUAAGCAGCUUCAUUUAUUAUCCUGCUCUUACGGCAAUCCCGAAGGACUUGCAUACCACUCUGUCCAGGGUCAAUUUGACCAUAACUUCUUACAUGAUCGUGUCGGGCGUUGCACCUACGCUAUUUGGGAGCAUGGCAGAUCAAGUGGGAAGACGGCCUGUUUAUCUUCUCAUGUUUGUUCUUUAUGUUCUUGCCGACGUCGGAUUAGCCUUGCAGAAUACUUACCCAGCUCUACUGCUGCUCCGCAUGCUUCAGAGUGCUGGCGGUUCUGCUACAAUUGGUCUUGGAUAUGGUGUCGUUGGCGAUAUCACAGAGCCUUCUGAGCGACCUGUGCUCGGUGGCGUGCUCGCUGAGAAGGCGGGGUGGCGCUGGAUUUUCGGGUUCCUGGCGAUUUCAGGCGCUCUCAGCCUCGCGCUGAUUGCUGUCCUGCUGCCAGAAACUGGGCGCAACAUUGUUGGCAAUGGUUCCCAUCCUGCCCCUGUUUUAAACAACAGUCUUCUACUCCUCUGGCAAGAAAACAGGCAAAGGAAGAACCCCCUGCCAAUGCCCGAAGGAUACCGCACAGCUACAUUAGAAGCUGUUUCCCUCAUAGCGAGGUCAAGGACACCAAAUCCUCUGGGAAGUGUGCAUAUAUUCCUGCAAAAAGAAAGCGCCACCGUCAUCCUCAUCAAUGGAGUCUUUUACAGCGCAUACUGCUGCCUGCAAGCGUCCUUGUCGUCUCUAUUCAUCACCAUAUACGGUUACAAGGAGCUGGAGGCUGGCUUGAUCUACCUACCAUUUGGCGUGGGAUGCUUUGUUGCGUCCUUACUCUCAAGUAAGUACGAAAGCACUCUUUUCAAUAUUUACCCGAAACCCACCCUUUUGUUGUAUCCUGUAAUUAACACGGUUUCUACUUCCAAAGGGAACAUUCUCACGCAUGACUAUCGCUACCUUGCUGUUCGCCACGGUCUUCCUACCUCCAGCGCCGAAACAUCCCCGUCCCAGAGACUCGCGUUUCCGAUCUUCCACGCCCGUCUACGAAGCAUGACCUACCUGCUUCCCUUUUCCAUUUUUUCUCUCCUUGUGUACGGCUGGGUCCUGGAGUACCACGUGCACCCUUCCAUCCCACUUGUCUUACAAUUCUUCAUCGGCGGCGCCAUGACCAUUGUGUUCAACGCAUGCGGGACUCUCCUCGUCGACCUGCACUCGACUCGUCCGUCGACUGCCCAAGCAGCUCUGAAUUUGCUUCGCUGUGCCCUUGCCGCAGGAGAACUUGCGGCAUUACAGCCGCUCAUCGACGCCAUCGGUACGGGCUGGUGCUACACCGUGAUUGCCUUGAUGACUGGAGGCAUUGCUGGCGUGUGCGUCUUUAUUGGGAGGGUAUGGGGUGAGACCUGGAGAAGACAAAGGGACGAUAUACAGAACACUACUGAGGAGAUCGGGUGA